CGACUUCCCUUCCUUUGUGAAAAUGGCGUCCAGCAGAGACAGGCGGCAUACGGAAACCGAAUCGCCGGUCGAUUACGUCCAAGUCGACGGCUUGGUCGUCCUCAAAAUCAUCAAACAUUGCAGCGAAGAGCCUGGCGUGUUAAUGGAUGUUGCUCAGGGCGUACUUCUGGGUCUCAUAAACAACAACUGCGUGGAAAUCACAAACUGCUUUCCUAUCCCUCGCCAUGCUGACGAGGAGGAGUCCGACGACCUGGAGUACCAGAUGGAGAUGAUGAGGCAGAUGCGGCACGUGAACGUGGACCAUCUCCACGUCGGUUGGUACCAGAGCUCGCACUUUGGCAGUUUCUACAAUCGUCCCCUCCUCGAGUCGCAGUUCGGCUACCAGACCAACAUCACCGAAUCUGUCGUCCUCAUUUACGACCCUGUGCGUACCACCCGUGGUUUCCUGUCCCUGCGGGCCUUCCGACUGACUGAUUCGUCAAUGAAACUCAUGGCUGACGGCGAGUUCGGCCCGGAGAACUUCAAGUCUUCACGCUGCUCCUUUGAGACUAUCUUCGAAGAAAUUCCCGUUGUGAUCCGUAACUCCCACCUGGCCAACAUCAUGUUGUGCGAGCUGGAAGAGUACGUACCCCCGGACGUGGGAAGGCAGUUUUUCGACAUGAGCACAGCAUUCUUCCUGGAGAAAAACCUCCAAGCCAUGAUGGAGUGCACAGAUUCAGUCAACCAGGAGACCAACAAGUUCAUCAACUACCAGCGCCAGGUGAUGAGGCAACAACAGCAGAAGCAACAAUAUUUGCAGAAGAGAAACCAAGAGAAUCAAGCGCGAGUGGACAAAGGCGAGCCACCACUGCCCGACGAAGACAUCAACAAGCUGUUCAAGCCGAUUCCAGCACCGCCUCGCUUGGAUACGGUGCUGUACUGUGGCCAGAUCAGCUCUUACUGCCAGCAGGUGUCCCAGUUUUCCACUCAGAACCUGGCUAAGCUCUUUAUGGCUGAAUCACUGCAGUUGGAGCACGAGCCCAACAGCCUUCUGGCUUGAAGAGGCAGUACUGCGUACUACGGCUUUCCCAAAGGACUCUCUUAGUGAAGUGACAGACUGGGCUUGUGGUAUCGUUCAGUGACAACACUGAGAAGGCUGAGGUCACAGUGUUGGCUAUGCUGAUUGCACAGGAAGGUCUGCACUCAUAUUAUGAUUGUCCCUAGGGUUUGUCUGUGUAACAGUGAGGCACGUGUUCAGGCCUUGGGUGCGCCGCAGCCGAGAUUUGAACAGUUUAGUUCAAGUAACGAGGUUGAUAAAAAUAAAUGUUUCUUUUUAUUGAA